ACUGUUUUUCACUUAUGUAUUAUAUAUUCUUAUCAAUUCUUAUCGAUUCUUAUCAAUCGCGUCGUAUCUGAUAGUUCUGACAGACUAACUAUAAAAUUUCGUAAUUUUUUGCUUUUCAAAAAGCAAUUAUUUGAUAAAGUCUUUGUCUAGGUAUUAAUUCAGCCUCAAUCUUAACCUACACUGCUUUUUGGUGGGCAGUAGUGGCGGUAAUUUUUGACAAAGCGUGGCUACGGCGACAACCGACGGUUUAUUUUAGUUUAUUUUACACGUGGACCACGUCGCUUAUUCGUUUUUCUACACGGACAUCGUCGUCGAAACAUCAUGAAUAAAUUGUUCAUGCUGUUAUGAUACAUCAACAGUGGCAACUUGUUCCUGUUAAACUUGUCCUCGGGAUGUAGCAUCGCUAUCGUGCUAUGUGUGUACGAGGUUAAGUAUGGGAUUUUAUGAAAAUCUUUUGCCAUAUUUGGAGAUUUAAUCUACGUAAAAUGGGCGAAUAGCAGCAUUGCAAAAUGUCUCACGUUGAAUCGUGCAAGGUUCGGCAGCAAAAUGAGUUGGAAGUUUUAAAGUCUAUUUUUGGUGAGGAAUUACGCGACCUGAGGAAAAACAAAAAUAAAAAGAAAUGGCAACCGCUGGAUAUCAUUGUUACCUUGACACCACAGAAAGGUAUGUCUGGACCAGCACAAGUCUACGCGCAGAUAGACCUGCGUAUUAUAUGCAGCGACAAGUAUCCCGACGAAGUACCAACUAUUCGGCUGCAAGAUAGUAGAGGCCUAUCUCAUGAACAAGUCGCAGUUCUGUCAUCCGAACUUGAAGAUUUAGCGGUAAAAUUAAUGGGUGAGGUGAUGAUAUUCGAGCUCAGUCAACAUGUCCAGAAAUACUUACACGAGCAUAAUAAGCGAGGUUACAGCAGUUUUUAUGAAGAAAUGGUGUCUCGACACCAGGAGAGGAUACAGUACGAGAUGCAAGAGAAGCAGAUGAAGGAGGACAAAGAGAGACAGGUACUGCAAGAUGCCAUCCAAAAACGUCAGGAGGCUCUGAAAGCCGAGAAGCGUAACCGGAAGGAAACGGUCCGAUUGGCGACGGAUGUGGACAACGUCUUUAGGUCGAUACCAUCGUCUCCGCAUGAACGAGGCGCAAGUCGUUUUCGACGUAGGUGCGUCAGCACGUCGGAGAGUUCGGAAGGACCGCUCUGCGAGCAUCGGGGCACCAAGUUCAUCCAUUUCGACAGUAACAAGGGCGAAAGGCAGGUGCACCGUGGAAAAUGUUUGGGUCACAGCGCGAAAGGUUCCAUAGUGUACUCCGGCGUGGAUGUGACUACGGGCGAACUACUGGCCGUAACGGAAUGGACGUUGAAGUGCACGAUGGCGAACGAGUCCACGGAGGAAGCUAUCGACAUACAGCACGCGAUGAAGCAAAUCGCCAGUCUGGAGCAGGAGCUCAAUCAUCUGUACAAGCUGCAUCAUCCGAAUCUCGUCCACUAUUUGAAUAUAAAAUAUCUGCAGAACAACAACAAUUUAGUAAUCUACAUACUCCAGGAGUUUGUGGUUGGAACCACGUGCUCGUUCUUCCUGAUGGAAAACAUUCCGGUCGACAUCGACUUACUGAGGCAUUUAGCGACUGGUGUGCUCGAAGCUCUGCGGUACCUACAUGAGAAUAACGUAGUGCACAAAGAUUUACGCGACACCAGCGUUUAUAUAGAUCAAACCGGUGUUGUGAGAUUGUCAGAUUUCUCCUUAGACAAGAGGUUGUCCGACAUGUAUCACUUAAACUCCUUAGCAAAGACUGAACACGAUUUCCCAACGAUCCAAGGCCGAGGUGGUAAAAAGGCAGACAUAUACAGAUAUGGGAUAUUACUUCUUUCACUGCUGAAAGGAACCAUCAUAUCCGGCGAAGAACUCGAUUUAACAGUAAUUUCACAGCUUCAUUUAAGAGAUUUCAUUUCAAAAUGCCUCAUCGACGACGAGAGAACGCGUUGGUCCGCGGAACAACUGCAGCAGCACAGCUUCAUAAAGAUACCGUUAGAACGUGGCUUGUCGCCCUUAACACCGGUUGACAAUGAGAAAAAAACGAAUCUGGAGCCGGAGGAACCGGACAGUGACGUGCAAUUGCAUUUACCGUCGAUGGGCGGACAGUCGCGAAUACAGAACGAGUUCGAAGUUUUGAAAUGGCUGGGAAAGGGCGCGUUCGGCGACGUUCUGAAAGUGAGAAACAAGUUGGACGGCGGGAUCUACGCUAUCAAACGCAUAGAAUUGAACCCGAAGAACAAGCAGCUGAACAAGAAGAUUACGCGCGAAGUAAAAUUACUGUCUAGAAUGAAUCACGAGAACGUGGUGCGCUAUUAUAACUCGUGGAUCGAAAGCGCUACCUUGGACGAUUCGGCCAGACACAGUCAGUUUACGCCGAUUACCACAUCGUCAGACACAACCACCACGCAGAACAAGGUAGACAUCAACGUGAUCAACCAAUUGGACAGUGACGAGAUAGAAAAGUUCGCUCCACCGUUACGCGAUGUCGAGUGGAAUAUAUCGUACGAAUCGGUGGCGAACGUGGUUGACAGUGAUGAUGAUAACAGCGACGCUUCGACCGAUUCCGACAGCGAAGAACAUUGCGCGUUCUUAAUGCGAACUCUGCUGCGGAUCGAGUCUUCCGACAGCAUCGAGUUCGAAAGAGACGGUAUCUCGCAAAAGUCUGCGAUAACGUCGGACAUUUCAAACGAGACGAAAGACGCGGAAACUACGAGCGAGGACGCGCCAGUAAAGGAAAUACAAUUCAUGUACAUACAGAUGGAGUUCUGCGAGAAGAGUACGUUAAGGACUGCCAUAGAUAAUAAUUUGUACGAGGACGAGGAGCGUGUCUGGAGAUUGUUCCGAGAAAUCGUCGAAGGCCUGGCACAUAUUCAUCAGCAGGGUAUGAUACACAGAGAUUUGAAGCCGGUGAACAUCUUUCUUGACAGCAACGAUCACGUCAAGAUCGGAGACUUUGGUUUGGCUACCACCAAUAUAUUAUCGACACUGGUUCAGACCAUUGACGCUGAUAAAGAGUCGCAGUGCGUCGAGAAGGGGGGAAGCUACGAUGUGGAGGAACUGGGAUCUCUCACUGGCCAAGUUGGUACAGCUUUGUACGUAGCGCCCGAGCUUAGCGCGAAGGCUGCCAAAGCGAUUUAUAAUCAAAAAGUAGACAUCUAUAGCUUGGGGAUUAUAUUUUUCGAGAUGACGUACAAGCCGUUAACCACCGGCAUGGAGCGCGUGAAAAUUCUGUUAAGCCUACGCUCCAAGGAGAUCGUCUUUCCUGCCGACACAGUAGAGACUGAUAUGCCGCAUCAAGUUCACAUUAUACGUUGGCUGCUGAAUCACGAUCCGAGUCAACGUCCUACUGCUCAAGAAUUACUUUCGUCCAAGUACUUGCCGCCACCUCAGUUAGAAGAGACGGAAUUGCAGGAAAUGGUGCGGCACACGUUAUCCGAUAGCCAAAGUAAAGCAUACAAGUACUUAGUGGCGUCGUGUUUCACGCAAGACGUUACGCCGGCGGAGGAUAUUACUUAUGACAUGAAUUUGCCUGCUAGGGGAACGCCAAGUGUCCUUUCCUCAAAAAAGCAACUUCUGCAGGAAAACGUAAAGCAGAAGAUCGUCGAGGUGUUUCAGAAACACGGGGGCGUACAUCUCGCGACUCCCCUGUUAAUGCCGAAAUCUGUUCAGCACUCGAACUUCGUCGAGUCGAGCGUGAAACUGAUGACACGUACCGGUAGUAUCGUCUCGAUACCGCACGAUCUUCGCACCCCAUUUGCACGUUAUAUUGUGUGGAAUAAUAUUUCGCACUUUCGAAGAUACUCCGUCGAACGCGUCUUUAGAGAUAAAAAGGCACGUGGAUUUCAUCCAAGAGAAUUGUACGAAUGCGCUUUCGACAUCAUCAGCCCCAUAGCCAAUAAUAUGAUGACGGAGGCCGAAUUGAUCUUCAUCGUGUGGGAGAUUUUCAACGAAUUGCCGCAAAUCAAGGAACAAAAUUUCAUCGUGCGCCUGAAUCACACGUCGUUGCUGCAAGCUGUGCUGAUGUACUGUGGCGUGGAGAAGGAUAAAUAUCAGGAUAUAUAUUCGAUACUACAGGACGCUCGCGACGGAAAGUUGACCAAGUUUCAAGUCCAAACGCAUUUGAUAAGUUUGUGCCUCACUGAUCAAGCUAUGGACACGCUUUUCAAUUUGCUCGAAACCGAAAGUUCUGUUGCGAAGAUCACCAGCGUUUUGAGAACGAUAACGCGGCGGAAAGGAGAUGCCGCGGGCCUAGCCAAGGAGGGAUUGAAGGAUAUAGAAACUGUAAUAUCUAAUGUGGAAAGUUUGGGUGUUAAGUGGCCCAUUACCGUUGUACCUCUCCUCACGUAUAACGUGCAACAGUACAGCGGAGUGAUAUAUCAAAUUACAUGCGAAUUAAAGCACAGACGAAGGCGGGGUGGUCAGGACGUUAUAGUCGCGGGCGGCCGAUACGAUAAAAUGCUGAUGUCGUUCAGGAAGGUUUUGGAACGUACCGGGAUGGCCAGUAAGGAGAUAAAACAGUACGGCGCCGGAAUCAGCAUAUCAUUGGAUAAAUUGGUGACCGCUGUCGCGGAGAUGUGCGAGAAUCCGAGCGGCGAGAGCAAAUGCGGCAUCGACGUCGCUGUGUGCUGCGAGGGAAGCCCGGGCGGCGAGGGAAGACGAGACAGGGAGAUGAUCAACGUGCUACGAGAGAUCUGGUCGCUCGGACUGAAAGUCACGAUACUCGACCUGUGCGCCAUGGAGGAGAUACCGGAGUACUGCCAGGAGAAUUCUAUAAGUCACAUAGUACUGCUGAGAAACGGUACUUUAAGGGUGCAAACGUGGGAGAGGGACAGAUUCCAGGAGAAGAAAUGGAACACGAUACAGGAUAUCGUGGAAUACCUGCAGCGCCAGUCGGAGACUGCGUUGCCGAUAUUGAAUAGAUCCGAAAGCAAAGUUAGCACGAACGACGUGUCGGUAGCGCCAACAUCAAGUAAUCCGGUCAACGCCAACAUCAACUUCGUUCUCUCCGAGCGGGACAAACUUUCCGGAAGCGGCAGACGUAGUUUCAAGAACAGUAUACUAGCGCAAAUGUCGUCCUACUUGCAGCGAAUCUCGCACAAGGUUCCAGUAGAGAUCUUUGCGGUUUUUCUGGACAUGUCCGUCAUUAGAACAAUAAUCAGUUUUCUGGAGAUUGAUGAGGACGAGCAGGUCUUUCAAAAGAGCAUUCAAAUCCUGAUAGACAAGCAUCCGCGACAUAAAAAGUAUAUCAAGACAAUAUGCGAAGAAAUGAAAGAAUUACGGAAUGAGAAGUCGCGGCCUGUCGAGAUACUUUAUAGUUUGAUAGACAGCGGAUAUAUGACUCUAGUAUAAAUAAUGUUAAGCAUCUCUCGACGCUAAAGAAUAUAUUUUCAUAAGAAUCGUACGAAAACUAUUGUAUAAUGCUAAAUGAUAUAUGGAUCGAAAUGUAUGUUAAUAGAUCAAGAUUAGAUAGCAUUUUUUGUACCGCAAUCUAUUUGCAAGCAUUGAUAAGUUUAAUAAAAAAAGAGGAUAAGAAA